AUGGCCACACAAGCCCAUAGAAAUGGGAGUCUCUCAGCAGUGUCCUUGCAGGGGUUCGUGCUGGUGGGAUUCGGGGGAGGUGCAGAGACCCAGGCCCUGCUUUUUGGUGUCAUCCUUGCUUUGUACAUAGUGACUGUCCUGGGCAACUUCACCAUGAUAAUACUCAUCACCCUGGAUGCCCGCCUGCACUCCCCCAUGUACUUCUUCCUCAAGAACCUGUCCUUUGUCGACCUCUGCUACUCCUCUGUCAUUGCCCCGAAUGCCCUGGCCAACUUCCUUUCCUCCUCAAAGGUCGUCAGCUUUGAGGGAUGUGUCACUCAGCUCUUCUUUUUCUCCUUGUUGGCUACCACUGAGGCUUUCCUCUUAGCUGUGAUGGCCUAUGACCGUUUCAUGGCCAUCUGCAGUCCCCUGAGGUACCCUGUGACCAUGUGCCCCAUGACCUGUGCCCGUCUGGUUCUGGGUUCCUACUGUGGAGGCUGCCUGAACUCCAUUGUCCAGACCAGCCUCACGUUCCAGCUGCCCUUCUGCAGCUCCAACCGUAUUGACUACUUCUACUGUGAUGUUCCCCCAUUGCUUGAGUUGGCCUGCGGCAGCACAGCUCUCAAUGAGCUCCUGCUCUUCAGCUUCUGUGGGUUCAUCAUUUUUAGUACAACCUCAGUUAUCCUCAUCUCCUAUGGCUACAUCACCGUGACCAUCCUCAGGAUGCACUCAGGAUCUGGGAGGCACAAGGUCUUCUCCACCUGUGGCUCUCAUAUGAUGGCCGUGUCCUUGUUUUAUGGAACUGCAUUUGUCAUCUAUGCACAGCCAGGAGCAGUGGCAUCCAUGGCACAGGGCAAGGUGAUCUCUGUCUUCUACACCCUGGUCAUCCCCAUGCUCAACCCCCUCAUCUAUAGUCUGCGCAACAAGGAUGUGAAGGAUGCCCUGCAGAGGCUGGGACAGCGAUAUUGUCUCAUGAAGAAAGGAAGCAAGUAG